AUGACGAGACUGGAGGGGAGUGGCAUGCAAAUUACCCUCGAAAAUUAUAAAAGCUACGAAUCAAGUGGCUUUGUUUAUGACGAUUACGUGCUGACCGAAAAUUCGAUCGUCGAGGAGCCAGAAGAAAUUUUCAUCGCAUCUACCGUACCCUACAUUACGUCUACAGAACCCCAAUUACCCAAAAUCCCGACUAAUCAAGUAGAAGCUUAUACUCCUCCAAAUCCAGAGCGAGAGCCCGAAUUCGAAACGGAAGAAUAUGAGGAAGAGGACGAGGAUUCCUGCUCUCCGACCCCACUAUCACUCUUCAUUCCAGCCGACGCCGUCAACACAAAUAUUUUCGGUAGCCAACCGUAUAGUCAAGCCAACUGCAGCAGCUGUGAAGCGGGAGUUCAACCAAAUUUUCAGUCGAUAAAUGGAGAUUUUUCCACGAUACAACCAUUCCAAACAACGGAUCCGCCGAUCGGCUCAUUUUACUGUCCGGGCGGAAAUAUUUGCAUUGAGGAGGAGAAUGGAGCCCUCUGGACGACGCUACCGGAUUCCCCAGCAAUAACACUGAUACCUGUUCCGAAAUGUGAAAACGGACGCUGCGGUGUCUACAUGUUGUUUGUAGCUGGGCGUAGCCAUUCAGGAAAUCCGACUAUGCCAGAUCUCGUCUCAUUGGCUGACCAGCGGGCAUUUCGCGCGGAGCAUAUGCAAUUUGACGGGGGAUUUCGCAACCUCUCCACAUUCCCCUACAUCCGCAUCGUCGGUUUCUCAUGCCGCCCUUGCGCUCAAGAAAUUCCGUACUGUAUCGGGGCACAA